GAUUGGCUGCCCGCGGCGCCGGCCGGCACAUGUGCUGCGUGCGGAGGGGCCGCGGGUUCGAGUCCCGCCGUGUCCGCGCGGUGCCGCCGCCCCCAUGGCGCUGCGCAGCGCCCUGGCCGUGCGCAUCGUGGAGGGCAGGGACCUGCCCGCCAAGGACAUCACGGGGAGCAGUGACCCGUACUGCAUCGUGAAGAUCGACAAUGAGCCCAUCAUCAGGACUGCCACGGUGUGGAAGACGCUGUCCCCGUUCUGGGGGGAGGAGUACGAGGUGCACCUGCAGCCCACCUUUCACAGCGUCUCCAUCUAUGUCAUGGAUGAGGACGCGCUCAGCCGUGACGAUGUGAUCGGGAAGGUCUGCAUCACCCGCGCCAUGCUGGCAGAGCACCCCAAGGGGUACAGCGGCUGGGUGAGCCUCAGCGAGGUGGAUCCCGACGAGGAGGUGCAGGGGGAAAUCCACCUCUGCGUGGAGCUCCUGGAGGGCGAGGGUGGCCGGCGGCUGCGCUGCACCGUGCUGGAGGCCAGGGAUUUGGCCAAGAAGGACCGGAACGGAGCCUCUGACCCCUUCGUCCGUGUGCGCUACAACGGCAAGACACAGGAGAGCACCGUGGUGAAGAAGUCCUGCUACCCGCGCUGGAACGAAUCCUUCGAGUUCGAGCUGCCCGAGCCCGCCGGGGAGAAGCUGUGCGUGGAGGUGUGGGACUGGGACCUCGUCAGCAAGAACGACUUCUUGGGCAAGGUGGUGUUCGGCAUGCAGGGGCUGCGGGCGGCCGGGCGGCAGGAGGGCUGGUUCAGGCUGCAGCCCCACAGCUCCAAGCCGAGGGAGGACGGGCGCCGAGGCAGCCUGGGCUCGCUGCAGCUGCAGCUGAGGCUGCGGGAUGAGACGGUGCUGCCCUCGCACUGCUACCAGCCCCUGGUCCAGCUCCUCUGCCAGGAGGUGAAGUCGGGGUGCCAGGACGGCCGGGUACACCUGGUCACCCUCCUCGAUGAAACCACCACGGCCGAGUGCCGGCAGGAGGUCGCCGUCAACUUGGUGAAGCUCUUCCUGGGCCAAGGGCUGGUGAAGGAGUUCCUGGACCUGCUCUUUGAGCUGGAGCUGGCCAAGCCCUGCGAGCCCAACACUUUGUUUCGGAGCAACUCCUUGGCCUCAAAGUCGAUGGAGUCCUUCCUCAAGGUGACGGGGAUGCAGUACCUGCACGCGGUUCUGGGGCCCAUCAUCACCCGUGUGUUCGAGGAGAAGAAGUACGUGGAGCUGGACCCCAGCAAGGUGGAGAUCAAAGACGUUGGGUGCUCGGGGCUGCACCGGGUGCAGACGGAGAGCGAGGUGAUGGAGCAGGGCCGCCAGCAUCUCCAGUCCUACCUCGGGGAGCUGCUGGACACCAUCAGCAAGUCGGCCCCCACCUGCCCCCCCGUCAUCCGCGCCGCUUUCCGGCAGCUCUUCCAGCGCGUGGGGGAGCGCUUCCCAGAGCACCAGCACGCCAAGUUCGUGGCCGUCACCAGCUUCCUCUGCCUCCGCUUCUUCUCGCCGGCCAUCAUGACCCCCAAGCUCUUCCACCUGCGGGACGCGCACGCCGACGCGCGCACCAGCCGCACGCUGCUGCUCCUGGCCAAGGCCAUCCAGAUGGUGGGCAACAUGGAGCCGGCAGCGGGAAGGGCCAAGGAGGCCUGGCUGGCCCCACUGCAGCCCGCCCUGCAGCAGGGUGCCAGCCAGAUGAAGGCCUUCAUCACCCGGCUGGUGGGGACGGAGGAGGAGGAGGACGGUGGCGAGGGGAGGCUGCGGAGCCCCCCUGCUGCCGUGGUGAAGGAGGGGCUGCUCUUCGUCCACAAGACGCGGGGCAAGGGGCCGCUGCUGUCGUGUGCUGCCAAGAAGCUCCACUUCUGCCUCACCGGGGAGGCCCUGAGCUUUGCCAAGAGCCCUGGGGCAGAGAGGAUCGGCUCCAUCGCCCUGGCCAACAUCCGUGCGGCCGAGAAGGUGGAGGAGAAGAGCUUCGGGAGCUGCCACGUCAUGCAGGUCGUCUACGUGGAGGAGAACGGGCAGCAGGAGACGGCCUACCUGCAGUGCAAGUGCGUCAACGAGCUGAACCAGUGGCUGUCCGCCCUGCGCAAGGUGUGCGGCAACAACCCCCAGCUGCUCUGCGCCUACCACCCCGGCGUCUUCAGGGGGGACAAGUGGACCUGCUGCCACCAGAAGGACAGGACGGGGCUGGGGUGCGACCGGACCCGGCACGGUGUCACCCUGCAGGACUGGAGUGACCCCCUGGAUCCCGACGCAGAGGCACAGCGCCUCUUCCAGCACCUCCACGGCCUCCAGCAGCCCCUCAGGGAGAAGUACUGGGAGUUGGUGAAGAUGGAGGACCCCCAGAAUGACCCCCAGGUCUGCAGUGAAGGUGCCCCAGUGCCCCCGGGGCUGAGCCAGCUCUUUGAGGUGCUGCAAGACCUGGAGGGCUGCCACCGCCUGCUGUCCCCCAGUCCCCCCACAUCCCCUGCCCUGCUGGAGCUGCAGACGUGAGGGGUGUGGGCAGGGAGACCUCUGUUGUGGGUGGUGGCAAUAAAGGCACUUUGUUCCCUGCA